AUGGCGGAUCGGACAGCUCCCAGCUGCCAGCUCCGGCUGGAGUGGGUGUACGGGUACCGGGGUCACCAGUGCCGCAACAACCUGUACUACACCGCCGGCAAGGAGGUGGUCUACUUUGUGGCUGGGGUCGGGGUGGUUUACAACACCCGCGAGCACAGCCAAAAAUUCUUCCUGGGACACAACGACGACAUUAUCAGCCUUGCCUUACAUCCAGAUAAAACUCUCGUUGCGACUGGCCAAGUUGGGAAGGAACCAUAUAUAUGUAUAUGGGAUUCCUAUAAUGUCCAAACUGUGUCUAUUCUUAAAGAUGUCCACACACAUGGAGUUGCCUGCCUGACUUUCGACUCGGAUGGACAGCGUUUAGCCUCUGUGGGAUUGGAUGCCAAAAACACAGUCUGCAUUUGGGACUGGAGGAAAGGAAAACUUCUGGCCUCAGCUACCGGCCACUCUGACCGGAUUUUUGAUAUUUCCUGGGAUCCGUAUCAGCCAAACAGAGUGGUUAGCUGUGGAGUGAAACAUAUAAAGUUUUGGACGCUAUGUGGAAAUGCCCUGACUGCAAAAAGAGGAAUAUUUGGCAAAACUGGGGAUCUUCAGACCAUCCUUUGCCUUGCAUGUGCCAAAGAAGACAUCACCUACUCUGGUGCUUUAAAUGGCGACAUCUAUGUCUGGAAAGGGCUCAAUUUAGUCCGCACCAUUCAAGGGGCACAUAGUGCUGGAAUCUUCAGCAUGUAUGCUUGUGAAGAAGGCUUUGCUACUGGUGGGCGAGAUGGAUGUAUACGAUUAUGGGAUACUGAUUUCAAACCAAUAACCAAAAUUGAUCUCAGGGAGACAGAACAAGGAUAUAAAGGCCUCUCUAUCCGGAGUGUGUGCUGGAAAGCAGACCGCCUCCUAGCAGGGACCCAGGACAGCGAGAUAUUUGAAGUAAUCGUGCGAGAAAGGGACAAACCAAUGUUGAUCCUGCAGGGUCACUGUGAGGGGGAGCUCUGGGCUCUGGCCCUGCACCCCAAGAAGCCACUGGCCGUGACGGGCAGUGAUGACCGCUCUGUCAGGCUGUGGAGCCUGGCUGACCAUGCCUUGAUUGCCCGCUGUAACAUGGAGGAAGCAGUUCGCAGCGUUGCUUUCAGCCCUGAUGGAUCUCAGUUGGCCCUGGGCAUGAAGGACGGAUCUUUCAUUGUUCUCCGAGUCAGAGAUAUGACAGAAGUGGUUCAUAUCAAAGAUCGAAAAGAAGUCAUUCAUGAAAUGAAAUUUUCUCCAGAUGGUUCUUAUCUCGCAGUGGGAUCCAAUGAUGGCCCGGUAGACGUCUACGCUGUCGCCCAGAGGUAUAAGAAAAUUGGAGAAUGCAACAAGUCUCUCAGUUUCAUCACACACAUUGACUGGUCUUUGGAUAGUAAAUACUUGCAAACUAAUGAUGGUGCUGGAGAACGGCUGUUCUACAAAAUGCCAUCUGGGAAGUCUUUAACAAGUAAAGAAGAAAUCAAAGGGAUUCCCUGGGCCUCCUGGACAUGUGUGAAAGGCCCAGAAGUGAGUGGAAUUUGGCCAAAAUACACUGAUGUCACUGACAUCAACUCAGUGGAUGCAAAUUACAACAGUUCAGUGUUGGUGUCUGGAGAUGAUUUUGGACUGGUUAAAUUGUUUAAAUUUCCUUGUCUCAAAAAAGGAGCCAAAUUUAGAAAGUAUGUGGGCCAUUCUGCACAUGUUACAAACGUCCGCUGGUCUCAUGACUUUCAGUGGGUAUUAAGCACAGGAGGGGCUGACCACUCAGUUUUCCAGUGGAGAUUUAUUCCAGAAGGUGUCAGCAAUGGCCUCUUGGAAACUGCACCCCAGGACGGUGGCACUGAUUCCUACAGUGAAGAAUCUGAUUCGGAUUUAUCUGACGUGCCAGAGUUGGACUCUGAUAUUGAGCAAGAAACUCAAAUCAAUUAUGAUCGCCAGGUUUACAAAGAAGAUCUACCUCAGCUAAAGCAACAAAGUAAAGAGAAAAACCAUGCAGUGCCCUUCCUCAAACGAGAAAAGGCUCCCGAGGACAGCCUGAAACUCCAGUUCAUACACGGUUACAGAGGCUACGACUGUAGAAACAAUCUGUUCUACACACAAGCUGGAGAAGUGGUCUAUCACAUUGCUGCCGUUGCUGUCGUGUACAACAGGCAGCAGCACGCGCAGAGGCUGUACCUGGGGCACGACGAUGACAUUCUCAGCCUGACCAUUCAUCCAGUGAAGGACUACGUGGCCACUGGGCAGGUUGGAAGAGAUGCAGCUAUUCAUGUCUGGGACACGCAGACUCUAAAAUGUUUGUCACUGUUGAAAGGACAACAUCAGAGAGGAGUGUGUGCCCUCGAUUUCUCAGCUGAUGGAAAAUGUCUGGUGUCGGUUGGUUUAGACGAUUUUCACAGUAUUGUGUUUUGGGACUGGAAAAAGGGAGAAAAGAUAGCUACCACCAGAGGACAUAAAGAUAAGAUAUUUGUGGUAAAGUGUAAUCCACACCAUGUUGACAAACUGGUAACAGUUGGGAUCAAGCACAUCAGAUUCUGGCAACAAGCAGGUGGGGGCUUCACCUCUAAGAGAGGAAUUUUUGGAAGUGUUGGAAAAUUGGAAACAAUGAUGUGUGUUUCUUAUGGGCGAAUGGAAGAUCUGGUGUUCUCAGGAGCAGCUACUGGAGAUAUUUUUAUUUGGAAAGAUAUUCUCCUACUGAAGACAGUGAAAGCUCAUGACGGGCCUGUGUUUGCUAUGUAUGCAUUGGAUAAGGGUUUUGUAACAGGUGGAAAGGAUGGAAUUGUGGAGCUCUGGGAUGAUAUGUUUGAAAGAUGCUUGAAGACUUAUGCCAUUAAAAGAGCAGCCUUGUCAACUAGCUCAAAAGGCUUGCUUUUGGAAGAUAAUCCUUCAAUUCGUGCCAUCACUUUGGGACAUGGACAUAUCCUGGUGGGAACAAAAAAUGGAGAGAUCCUGGAAAUUGAUAAAAGUGGCCCAAUGACACUGCUUGUUCAGGGGCACAUGGAAGGAGAAGUGUGGGGCCUGGCAGCUCACCCCCUCCUGCCCAUCUGUGCAACAGUGAGCGAUGAUAAAACCCUCCGGAUCUGGGAAUUAUCCUCCCAGCACCGUAUGCUGGCAGUGAGGAAACUCAAAAAAGGUGGAAGAUGCUGUGCCUUCUCCCCAGAUGGGAAAGCCUUAGCAGUUGGCUUGAAUGAUGGGAGUUUCCUGGUUGUAAAUGCUGACACUGUCGAAGACAUGGUCUCCUUCCAUCACAGAAAAGAAAUGAUCUCUGAUAUUAAGUUUUCAAAAGAUACAGGAAAAUACCUUGCCGUGGCAUCCCAUGAUAACUUUGUGGAUAUUUACAACGUCCUGACAAGCAAAAGGGUUGGCAUCUGUAAAGGUGCUUCUAGUUAUAUUACACACAUUGACUGGGACUCUAGAGGAAAAUUACUGCAAGUUAAUUCAGGUGCCAAAGAACAACUCUUCUUUGAAGCUCCAAGAGGCAAACGGCAUAUAAUAAGACCUUCCGAGAUUGAGAAGAUAGAGUGGGACACAUGGACCUGUGUGCUGGGGCCCACCUGUGAGGGCAUCUGGCCAGUGCACAGCGACGUGACUGAUGUAAAUGCUGCCAGCCUCACCAAAGACUGCUCCCUCUUAGCCACAGGAGAUGAUUUUGGUUUCAUUAAGCUUUUCUCAUAUCCUGUCAAGGGCCAGCAUGCGAGAUUUAAGAAGUAUGUGGGGCACAGCGCCCAUGUCACCAACGUAAGAUGGCUGCACAAUGACUCUGUGCUGCUCACCGUGGGCGGCGCUGACACGGCCCUGAUGAUCUGGACGCGGGAGUUUGUGGGGACCCAGGAGAGCAAGUUGGUGGACAGUGAGGAGUCGGACACCGAUGCAGAGGAGGAUGGAGGCUAUGACAGUGACGUCGCUAGAGAAAAGGCUAUUGAUUACACCACCAAGAUCUAUGCUGUGAGCAUCAGGGAAAUGGAAGGCACCAAACCGCACCAGCAAAUGAAAGAAGUUUCGGUGGAAGAAAGGCAGGGAAUUGUCAAGGGAUCCAGACCACCCGUUAGCAGAGCGGCUCCCCAGCCUGAGAAGCUCCAGAAGAACAACAUCACCAAAAAAAAGAAACUGGUUGAGGAGCUGGCUCUCGACCACGUGUUUGGCUACAGAGGCUUUGACUGUCGCAAUAACCUGCAUUACCUGAACGACGGUGCCGACAUCAUCUUCCAUACGGCCGCAGCCGGCAUCGUUCAGAACCUCUCCACAGGGAGCCAGAGCUUCUACCUGGAGCACACAGACGACAUCCUCUGCCUGACGGUGAACCAGCACCCCAAGUACAGGAACGUGGUGGCCACCAGCCAGAUAGGGACGACACCUUCCAUCCACGUGUGGGAUGCCAUGACCAAGCACACCGUGUCCAUGCUGCGGUGCUUCCACUCGAAGGGCGUCAACUAUGUCAACUUCAGUGCCACCGGGAAGCUGCUGGUGUCAGUGGGUGUGGACCCCGAGCACACCAUCACCGUCUGGCGCUGGCAGGAGGGUGCCAAGGUUGCCAGCCGAGGGGGCCACCUCGAACGCAUAUUCGUGGUGGAAUUUCGCCCUGACUCAGACACGCAGUUUGUGUCGGUUGGGGUCAAACACAUGAAGUUCUGGACCCUGGCAGGCAGCGCCCUGCUUUACAAGAAAGGGGUCAUCGGGUCUAUGGAGGCCGCCAAGAUGCAGACGAUGCUGUCCGUGGCCUUCGGUGCUAACAACCUCACUUUCACGGGUGCCAUCAAUGGUGACGUCUAUGUGUGGAAGGACCACUUCCUCGUCCGGCUGGUGGCCAAGGCUCACACAGGCCCCGUCUUCACCAUGUACACGACCCUUCGGGACGGGCUCAUCGUGACUGGCGGGAAAGAGCGGCCGACCAAAGAAGGAGGUGCUGUGAAACUGUGGGACCAGGAGAUGAAGCGCUGUCGGGCCUUCCAGCUGGAGACGGGGCAGCUAGUGGAGUGUGUGCGCUCCGUGUGCCGCGGCAAAGGAAAAAUUUUAGUGGGAACCAAGGAUGGAGAAAUCAUUGAAGUUGGUGAAAAAAACGCUGCUUCCAACAUCUUGAUUGAUGGACACAUGGAAGGGGAGAUCUGGGGCCUGGCCACACAUCCCUCCAAGGACAUCUUCAUCUCCGCCAGCAAUGACGGCACAGCCCGCAUCUGGGACCUGGCUGACAAGAAGCUGCUAAACAAGGUGAGCCUGGGCCACGCGGCCCAGUGUGCAGCCUACAGCCCGGACGGGGAGAUGGUGGCCAUUGGCAUGAAGAAUGGAGAGUUUGUUGUCUUGCUGGUGAACAGCCUGAAAGUUUGGGGGAAGAAGAGAGACCGGAAGUCUGCUCUUCAAGAUAUCAGAAUCAGCCCAGACAGCAGAUUCUUAGCCGUUGGUUCUUCUGAACACACAGUUGACUUCUAUGACCUCACUCAGGGCACAAGUUUGAACCGCAUCGGCUACUGCAAAGAUAUCCCCAGCUUCGUCAUUCAGAUGGAUUUUUCUGCAGAUGGCAAGUACAUCCAGGUGUCCACAGGAGCCUACAAGCGCCAGGUACAUGAAGUUCCUCUGGGGAAGCAGGUCACCGAAGCUGUGGUCAUUGAGAAGAUCACCUGGGCCUCCUGGACAAGGAAGCCUUGUCACACACCUCACACCUCUUCCUGUUGGAACAGCAUUCUGGGAGACGAAGUCAUCGGCAUCUGGCCGCGAAAUGCAGACAAGGCUGACGUCAACUGCGCCUGUGUGACCCACGCAGGGCUGAACAUCGUCACGGGAGACGACUUUGGGCUGGUGAAGCUCUUUGAUUUUCCAUGCACAGAGAAAUUUGCCAAACAUAAGCGUUACUUCGGUCACUCAGCUCAUGUGACGAACAUCCGUUUCUCUCAUGACGACAAGUAUGUAGUCAGCACUGGAGGAGACGACUGCAGUGUAUUUGUGUGGCGAUGCCUGUAA